AGACACCCCUUGGGAAACACGGAGACAGCAGAAGUGAACAAGAGGAACAUCUUCAGGGAACCUCUGAGUGACUUUUUCCUCCUGGCAUGCUCUUGGAUCCUGCUGUGAUGGACUCUGCUGAUGGGAAAGGUGCUGUGGGCUGCCCUGAGUCAUCAGCAUCAGUCUGUUUCUCGCUGUAUUAUCUUCAUUGUGUUGAAUUUGGGUUCUCUGCAUUGGGCUUAACUCAAGGGUUUAACAAGGGUUGCUCAGUGCCCUUCCUUUACAAGUGACUGUUUCCCACACUUGAGUGGUAUUAAUGUGCCUGGCUUAGCAUGAGUGCGCACUGAGGCAGCGCUGAUGGGCUGAGCUGGGCAGAGAAACACCUUGGGCUUGUUCUGUGCUCUGACACUAUUUAACAUCAUCACCUCUUCCAGAACCAUCAGCCCUGUGUCUUGGCCGAGUGGUGGUUUGACCCUGCCUUGGGAUUUCCACAGCCUUCCUUGCCAGAGUCCUGUUGGAACGGCUGCUGCCUCCCUCCCAAGGCAGUUCCCAUCCCUGGUGAAUAAAGUUGGGGUUUAUUUGAUCCCUCUCUCCUCACGAGGCAGUGUUCAUUUGCAAGGUAAUGCUCAUCUGUGGUGACCCAUCCUUUUCCUUCCAUUGCCUGGGGCUAGAGGGCUGGGACCCAAACCAGCCGGGUGGGAAGCAGAGGGUGCUCUUGCAGAGCCCGUCCCUGGGUGCUGCUGGCAGCCAGGGCGGGGAGAAAGCAGCCUCCCAUUGGGUGCAGCAGCCACCUCGGCAGCCCAGGAAGCUGUGGUGUGCGCUGCAUGGUAUCUGCUCGGAGCCAUCUGCUCUGGAAGGAGCUGAAGAGGAGCGGGAGAGCUCACAUCGAGAUGUUCCAACUGGGGGGGAGCCCCUAAUGAGGAAUAACGUUGGGAUAAAAGAAGCCAAAUCCUGCAGGUCGGGUGCAAAGGGGAGAGCAUGGUUGGAUCCCUGCCCUUCACAGGCACCAGCCUUUGAGCCUCUGCGAGAGCUCGGCCCCACGGCGGUGCUGGAAGCGGCUGCCCCAUGGCUGCAGCGGGGGGCGAGGGGCCGGAGGGGACCCCGCUGCUGCCAGCGGGUGCUGCCCUGGCCCUGCUCGGUGGCCUGGUCUACCUGGGCGCCCUGUGCGCUGCCUGCAGACGCAAGAGCAGGAAGAAGCAGCUCCCUCCGGACGGGGUGAAGCUGGUGGAUGAGUCCCUGCUCAGACAGACGCAGCUGCGGUCGCUCAGCAAGUCGGACACGAAGCUGCACGAGCUCUACCGGGUGAAGGCCGGAGGCCACGCCCAGCGCCCGGCCAGCCUGGACUUCACCAGCCCCGCUCCCGCUGACCCCCAGCACGGUGCCGGUGUCCUCCUGCACCGCGAGCUGCCGCAGAUCCCGGUCCCCGAGCCCCCGGACCAGACCUACUCCAACCUCCUCUUUCCCCCGCGACGGCGCCCGGCGCCCGACACCGUCUACGAGUGCGUGGCCACGGGGGGAGAGGAGCCCCCGGUGUCCCCGCCUCGGGCUGUGCAUGGGGCGGCCGAUUACGCCUGUGUGCGCAAGGUGAAGAAGGGGAUGCCCGCGGAGGAGCAGGAUGCGGCUGCAGCCGUGGGGCCCCCCCAGGCGCUGCAGUGCUGCGAUGGCUCAGGAAGUGCCCCCCAGGCGAAGCUGGAAGAGAUGUACUCCACUGUCUGCAAAGCCACCAAGAAGAAAACCCAGGUCCCUGCAUCACCCCCAGGGGAGGAGGGUGCCCAGGCCCGGUCCUGGUCCCCGGCAGCCCAUGGCCCUCUGGACCCCUGCUAUGAGUCCAUCAAUGACAGAGCCUGGACCAUUCAGGGCCGCGGCCCCGACCCGGACUAUGAGGCCGUGGAUGUCAACUGGAAGAGGGCAGCAAAGCGGGACAAGGCCCCCGAGAACCUGUAUGAGAGCGUUGGGGACAUCUGGGCUGGGGGGUCCCAAAGAGCUGCGGCCAGGAUGGCGUCCAACGGCCUGGAAGUGUACAUCACCAACCUAUAGCAGCCCAGCGUGCUCCCACCACGGUGGCUUCCCAUGGGACUGGCUUUCUAGGGGCUUGAACCCCCCCCGGGAUGGGCACACUUGAACCCGUGCCCACUGGGGUGGCUGCAUCCCCACAAUGGCUUUCUGUAUGUAUUUUAUAUUCCUUUAAGCAUCCUCGUCCCAUCGUGACCCAGGUUGAUGUUGGGUGCCCUGGGAUGGGCGGUUUGGGGGUGCUGGGUGCCACAUGGAGCCCGGUGGGACAGGGAUGGUGCUGCCACCACAAUGGGAAUGGGGUUGGGCCCAGUCGUGGUGGUGG